AUGUCAAAGCCAACUUUCCAGACAAACCUUCUUGAGUCGUUUGGGUGUGUUCUUGAGCCCAAGCGUGAAGUUGAAAUUUUCAGUAUGUUUGGGUCGGGGGAGGAAGAGUUGCGGAACCAAUUGAUUGCGAAUUUGGUAGUGUUCAAUCCCCAAUGUAAAGUUCAUAUCAUCCAAAUUGAUGGGCGCAACUUUUGCAAAAACGUUAUCGAGCGAGUCAGUGUGUUAGAAAAAAGGUUUCUCACUGAGUGCAUCAAACGCAUUUUUAUCAGCGAGUGUUCCACAAAAUCGGAAAUUAUGGGAGCUCUAAAGUUGACGGAGUGGUGUACUGUAGAUAGUGUUGUAAUAAUUUCGUCCAUUAAUUUAGCUGUGAAAAAAGUUAUAUGUGAAGGAUCACUUGAUUGGCUCUAUCAAGAGAUUCACGUUGUUGCCCAAAAGAUCCCUGUUGUCUACUUUCGAAGCCAAACCCCGACCAAAGCUGAAAAGGUUUAUUGGAAAAAUAAAUUGCUUGGAUUUUAUUCAACAAUGGACUCUACUAUAGCGUGCUCAGCAUUUGAGAACACAAGAAGAAUUAUUGUGUCGUCACUUCUGAUAGAUGGAAAAAUGAAACAAAUCAUUGGCGAUAAAGAGUCGAAGAAAGUCAAACCUUUUGUUGUGAGUAACACAACUUGUAAUAUUGUGGAUUAA